AUGCUUCCCAAGACGGUAACAGUGCACUGCCGAUCCAAAAACAACGACCUGGGCUCCCGCGACCUCAACACUUGGGACGAGUACAGCUGGAGCUUCGGCAACAACGCUUUCGGCGGGACGCUGUUUUGGUGCGACCUCAGGAUUGCGAAAGCCAAUCAGUGUCUUCAUUUCGAUGCAUAUGAUCAAGACGAAAAUAAGCAUGUUUACCGGUGGGAGGUCCAUGGUGCUGAAGGGAUCACCGGCACGAAUCAGGACGGCGCUCCGGUGGGCGAAGUGGCUGAAUGGAGGCAGUGUUAG